UAAAAACCGGUCUCCUCGAGUCUCUUUCGUCUCAUAUUUUUCCGCAUCCCGUUGUUUGUUCUUUGUUCACAAAGUAGAAUUUGAGAUCUUCUGCUAAAUCGCUUGAUCAUUCGAUCAUCGUCACUGUUCGCGAGUGGUUCGCAAUAAAAGUUCAAGCGUCCCCGGCAGAUCGAAGUAGAAAGGAAGCCGACACCUGUGCGAAUUGUGAUCGGUUGUGAUUUUGUUUCCCUCAUUGUUGGAGUAUAGAACAAAAUGAAGUUCCUAAUCGUACUGAGCGUGUUGGUCGCUGGCGCAAUGGCCAACGACGGACCAAAAGUUACGGACAAGGUCUUCUUCGACAUCACGAUCGGAGGCAAACCGGAGGGUCGCAUCGUGAUCGGCCUGUUCGGUGGCACCGUACCGAAAACGGCUCGCAACUUCAAGGAGUUGGCGGAAAAGACGACCGUUGGCGAGGGAUACAAGGGCAGCAAGUUCCACCGGGUGAUCCGCGACUUCAUGAUCCAGGGUGGUGACUUCACCAAGGGCGACGGAACCGGUGGACGCUCGAUCUACGGCGAGCGGUUCGCCGACGAGAACUUCAAGCUGAAGCACUACGGUGCCGGCUGGCUGUCGAUGGCGAACGCCGGCAAGGACACGAACGGUUCGCAGUUCUUCAUCACCGUCAAGCAGACGAGCUGGCUGGACGGACGUCACGUCGUGUUCGGCAAGGUGCUGGAGGGCAUGGACGUCGUGCGGAAGAUCGAAAACACAUCCACCGAUGGGCGCGACCGCCCGACCGCCGAUGUCGAGAUCGCCGACAGUGGUUCCCUGCCGGUCAGCGAACCGUUCGCCGUCGAGAAGGGUGACGCCUAAGGCGGGCGCUAGCCAAAUGUGAAAAAAAGGCUGUAAAGACAAGAGGUUUCUUCGUGGCCGUUUGACCACACACACAUAUGCGAGCGACAGCUAAGACAGGACGACAGAAUUGACGGCAUCGACAGAUCGUCCCGUUCGUGAAGUUGCCCACGUUUUAAACUCAUCCAUACUUCGCCAUCUCCACAUCCUCCUCCAGCCUUUACCCCCCUUCCCCCGGACCAGUGCGUCUUCAAUGGAUCAAUAAAAGAGCCUCUAUGAUGGAGAAUAUUUUUAUGAAAAAAUUUA